GCCACCGCUGAAAGAAGGAAGGAGAGGGAAAAAGAAGAAAAUAAGAUGCAAGGCUGUUUUUUAUUUUCCCUGCUAAUUAAAAGCAGAUGUCAAGGUACAACUGAGCUUGUUUAACGCAGCACAACUGUUUCCUGAUUUUCUUUCUAGGCUUCUCUGCACUUGUUGAGAGACCAUUUUGCUUCUACUCAUCCAACCCACUGGACUUUCUCCAGUUUCAAAAAUCCCUCUCUCUCUCUCUCUCUGUAUGAUUAAGUCUUGUUCGUCCCUCUGCUUGCAUUAGCUCUAAGCUGGCAGGUGUCUAUGAGAUAGAGUUUUAUAAAGCCAACAAACACAAAAACCUCCGCAGAGAGACAGGAGCCUUAAUUGAAUUGUCAAACACAAAUCUACCCAGAGUCGGUUUGAGACAAAAACUCAUCCGAAACUUGGUCUGUCUGUCUCUGUGACAGCUUAACUGUCUCACUGCCUCAUUGUCCACCCGUCUGUCUAUCCGUCUGUCUUUCAUUUGUUUUUUGGCGUCCACUGAGACUGUUUAAGGGGAAUUCAGGGACGAGUUGUUGGAAAAUAAGAUGUGACGCAGGUGUUUGCCUCCAGGGAGUAUGUCAUUUUUGGAGUGUUUUGACUGUAUUUCUUAAUUCAUAUUUUAGGAUGACACGUUCUCAAAAUGUAACUGUAACUUUCUGUUGUGUUCCCAUCACUUUAAUGUCACAGAGAGAAAGAUGAGUAAUUUCAGUCAUUUCAGUGUCAUUUUGCUUUCACUUGGGAGUAGUAAAGGUGUUUAAGUCCCGUUAAAGUGAAAACGAAAUAAGUAGCUUCAACUUUAAUAUAUACAGUCAUACAGAAGACAUAAUAAUCAGUGCAAGUGUUGCAUGACCUGUGUGCACGGGAGAGGUGUGAGUGAGCAUCUUGGUGACCACAACUUUUUUCUCGCUCUUAGUUUGUCUGACAAGUCAUCCACAUGUUAGUUGAUGAACACGUUAGCUAGCUUAACUUUUUUUAGCACAAGUACUUCUACUUUUGGCAUUUUUAGCUGUUACCAAACAGCUUCGGGUGCAUAACCACCACUCUCUGGACUGGAGUAGAGCCGACCCUGAUUUGCAUGUAGCUGAGAAAACUAAGAUAUGGAGGAGAGAACGAGUGCAGGAUCAUGGGCAAGUGGAAGUCGUUCUUCCAAGAGUUAUGCAGAUGGAUCUCAGUACAUGGCAUCACAUGACAGCCUCUCACCUCCGUACGCCAACUCCAGGCUAACAGGUAAAACAGAGAGGAGUUCAUACUCGUACGGCAGAGAGUCCAACCCACACUGCCACCAGUCGAUACUUGGUGGUGAGAUGGGUUUGGGGAGUCCUGGAGCGGCAUCGCCCACCAAGCCGGCCGGUCAGUACUACCAGCACUACAGCUCCAACCCGCGGAAGAGAACACUGCAUAUGGACUCCAUGGAAAUUCACACAAAAAAAGUGCGGAAGGUCCCUCCUGGCUUGCCGUCCUCAGUGUACGCUCCGUCUGCCAGUACAGCCGACUACAACAGGGACUCACCGGGUUAUCCCUCAUCGAAACCUCCCAGCGCUGGCUUCCCAAGCUCGUUCUUUAUGCCAGAUGGUCACCACAGCGGCGAUCCCUGGAGCAGCAGUAGUAGCAGUAUGAGCCAGCAGGGUUACCACGGCAGCAUGCUGGGGGGUGGGAACUCGUCCCACGGCCCCGCCCAGAGCUCCUCCUACUGCGGGAUUCACCCUCACGACAGAUUGAGCUACCCAGCGCACUCGUCUGCAGACAUCAGCUCCAGCCUUCCUCCAAUGUCCAGCUUCCACCGAGGGGGAGGGAGCGGAGGCGGGGGCAAUCACUACAGCACCGCCUCUUGCACCGCCCCCACCAACGGCACAGACAGCGUCAUGGCUAACCGAGCACAGAGCGGAGCAGCCAGCAGCUCUCAGACAGGAGACGCCUUAGGGAAAGCACUCGCAUCGAUCUACUCUCCAGACCACACAAACAACAGCUACUCGUCCAAUCCCUCCACCCCAGUCGGCUCCCCGCCCUCCCUCACAGCUGCCAGUUCAGCUGUCUGGUCCAGGAAUGGCGGACAGGGAGCGUCAUCGCCAAACUACGAAGCUCCGCUGCACUCACUGCAGAGUCGUAUCGAGGACCGUCUGGAGCGUUUGGACGAUGCCAUACACGUACUGCGGAGCCACGCGGUGGGACCUUCGACGGGCAUGAGCAGCGGGCACAGCGACAUGCACAGCCUCAUCGGGGCCGCACAUACGCACAACGGCGCCAUGGGCGCUCUGAGCAGCGGGUACGGGACGGGACUGCUGUCGGCCAACAGACACCCCCUCAUGGUGGGCUCUCACAGAGAAGACGGUGGCGGCGUGGGCGGUUUGCGUGGCGGACACUCGAUGGCGGGCCAGGUGCCGGUGCCUCAGCUGCCUGUUCAGUCGGCCACCUCGCCGGACCUCAGCCAGCCCGACCCGUACCGCGCCCUGUCCGGAGGCCUUCAGGGCCAGAGCACCUCCUCCGUCAGCUCGGAGAUCAAGUCUGAGGACGAAGGAGAUGAGAACCUCCUGCAGGACACGAAGCCCCUGGACUCCAAGAAGGAGGACGUUGACAGCAAGGAUCUCAAAGCUAUUGAUAGGUCAAGAUCUAGCAACAACGACGAUGAGGACCUGUCUCCAGAGCAGAAAAUGGAGAGAGAGAGGGAACGGAGGAUGGCCAACAAUGCGCGGGAGCGCCUGCGCGUCCGUGACAUCAAUGAGGCGUUCAAGGAGCUGGGCAGGAUGGUCCAGCUGCACCUGAAGAGCGACAAACCUCAGACCAAGUUACUGAUCCUGCACCAGGCCGUGGCCGUCAUCCUCAGUCUGGAGCAACAAGUCCGAGAGAGAAACCUGAACCCUAAAGCGGCCUGUCUGAAGCGCCGUGAGGAGGAGAAGGUCACUGCAACAUCAGACGGAGCUCCCCUCUCACUGGCCGCCGCGCACCACGCCGCCGCCGCCAUCAUGGGCGACGGGUCAAACCCCAUGGGACAAAUGUCCAAGGUGCCAGAGUUCAUCAAGAUGAUGAGUGACCACUUCCUCUGACGACGUUUCCAUGACAACCCAACAAUCGAUCAGUCCCGUUGUUGCAUCAGCCUGACCAAUCAGAUUCUCUGGAACUUCGGCCUGACCAAUUAGAUCAGCCUCUCUCUCUUUCCUCUCGUCUGUCGUCUUUGAUCCUCCUCUUCGCCUUUGUCUACUUCUUCUGUCGAGAACAUGAACUGCAGAGUCACAUUAGUCGCUUUCGUCACUUUGCAUCUCCAGCUGAAGUGAACUGGAUGCUACUUUGUGGAGACGUUAAAUGGCCGCUGUAACAUGGCUGCUACGAAGUGGCAGUUUGUGGGAGCUUUUGACACAAAGUGACAGCAAUGGACAAAAAUGUUUGGAAUCACGUCAUUCAAGAAAUUCUUCUUCUUGUACUUGUUUUAUCAGCAUUCCCAGUUUUAAAGAACAAAGGGGUUCUAUAUAUAAAUAUAUAUAUAGAACUAUAUAUAUAAAUAUAUAUAUGAGAAAAGGAAAAAAUGACAAAAAAACUUGUUAAAAAAGCGCAACUGGACACAGGCAGUGAGGAGGGUAGGGGAUGGGGAGGGUUGUUCAGAACGAAACAAAACAUAUCACAAAGUGUUAAAAGAGAUUUUUUUCUAAAAAAAAAAAAAAAAGCAACAUUGCGCAGCUGUCUUUCAACACAGCUUCAGCGCAUCUCUGACUGAAUGGCAAUCUAACGCCACACUGUGGAUGAAGCUGUGCCUGAUCUCCUCUUGGAUGCAAACCAGUCAGAUAGAUACACACGGAUACGCAAAGCAAACAAAACAAAAAAGAACAGGACAAUGCCAGGAAGUAUCACAGAUGCAGGCUACACACUCAUACAUCCCCUUACAAACCACGCAUUUCAGAUUAAAGUAUAAAUUAAAAUGAAUAAAGAUUAAGAAGCAAAUCUAUUGCAACCCUUCUGCUUUUCAGAGGUGCUUGAAUUGCUGAGUGAUUGGAACAAAAAAAAUCUGCUUUUUGACUAUCAUAGAUGCCUAGAAAGAGCUGGAGCUUAACAAGAAAAACAGGAGUAACACGUUCUUCCCCUUCUAAUGCAUUCCCUCCUAGACUGCAAACAUUUCAAUUGUCAGUGUAAAACAAUUGGAAUAUUUAUGUUUAUGUAUAUUCACUAGUGUUUCAUGAUGAUAGCCACGUUGACUCUGUAAACAGACUGCAAAAUUGUGCAAAAUGAUAACUUUGUAGUGCAAAUACAAAAACCCUGGACAGUUGUACCCAAAUGGCCCGUGUGUAUCUACUGAGAGGAAGAGAAUACCUAGAGAAUCAAUCAUUGAAUCAAUUAAUCAAUCAAUCAGUGAGUGGCUCCAGAGGGACUGGGGUAUUUAAAUUAUUGAAGGCGGAGGAAUUACAGAAGGAAGAAUCAUGCAGUAAUGAAAAAGUGUACUUCUAAAUGCGGCAGGAAGGAAAGACUUUUCUUGAUAUCUUCAUUUGAGACUGCUGCUGUUGUCUCAUAGUGCAAAUGCAAAAACUGAAGACAGAAAGAAAGCACUCUGGCAAACAUCCCCAAUCAGAGUCUUUUGCUGGACAUUCAACAGCAUGGACAGAGCUGGCAAAGUUUGAAACUGGUGUCCAGACAUUAUUAAAUCAAAGGGUUACUGGGCAGAUGCUUGAGAGGAUGGGCAGAUGAUAGAAAAAAUAGGUAGAUGGAUGGCUGGAUGAGAGUGAAGAGGGCUGGACUGAGCACUGAAGUGAAUUCUAUUCCACGUUUAGCACAUUCCCUGAAUCGCGAUCGCUCCACUUGGAAUCGAGUGCUCUCGAUGUCCUGAGGUGGGGGAUUCAUGGCAGGAUUGAAGUGGACCAACCUCCUGAGGAGUUAGAGAUAGACAAACUGAUAAUCCAGAGCUCUAAAUGGACAAAGAGAGAGUUUGCUCCGGUAGUGAUGAUGACGCUGCAGGGGAAAGCAAGGGAACAAUCAUCAGGGUGAGGGGUGUAUACUUUUCCUCUGGGGGCCAAGCAGCAGUAGUCAAAGCAUUCCUGCGUUGGGUUCAUUAGAUUCCUUCAUUUCCCAGUUUAGUGUCUGGCCGACCAUAACCCUAAACUUCUAACCACAGCCUCAGACCUCUCCCCUGCCCCGAGUACCAAACUUUGUGGGGCUUUCUGAUUGACAUUUGCUGUCUGGAGGACUCCAUGUCAUUGUUGAGGUGUCUUGUUGCUGGGACUGUCAAUAAAGUCUCAUUUAUCUGCUUCAAAUUUCAUUAGCCUUGCAAUCCUUUGCCUGACGGUGUUGCAGUGAUGUCUGGAUAAAAUUUCAAGAACCUACUUGUGCAUUGCCUGGAACUUUGCAACAGCAUUGUAAUUCCUGUUAGAGUCAGGCCAAUUGUAGCUGAGUGAAGGCACAAUUGGCAGCACGUAGUUGCUCUGAGACAGUGUUAGCCCCCAGAAUAGAACUGAUGUAUUCUCAUGAGUCAUGAAUCUGGUGUGAAUGCAGCAAUCAGACAUGCCUGAUGUAGUCUGCUGAUAGGUCUUGUCAUUUUGAUUACCUUGGUUUGGUCAAUAUACAUAUAAAUUCUGAAUAUUUGUAAAAAAUAAUAGGCAUAUUUUAAUCAAUUGAAGCCAGAUCCUUAGUCAAGAUCCAAGAAAGGUUCAAGAGGCUAGAAGCCCAGCCAAUAAUAUAUCAUUUUAACAUUUCAACGUGUUGCCUUUUGUACUUAGAAUUACCCAGGUUUCUUGGGUAGAAGGUCUGUAAUCAUCAACAUUGACUCUGGAGCGAUACAAGGUAUGGGAAAGAAAGUGGCAGGAUUGGAUUAGGUGGGCUUUGCAGUGGCAAGAGUCACAGCCUUGACCUGGUGGGAAGGGGACUAAAUAAAAUCCUGAUAGGUCAGGAAGAAACCUUUAAUGUUUAUUGCAUUGCUAUUCAAUAAAUGUCUGCUCUCUGACAACAGACAAGGCUGGAAUAUCUGAGAGAACGUCCAUUGUUUUCGAUGUCAAUCUGAAAGCCCCCUGCUCUUGCCCCAGUUUUAACCCUCCUCAAUCCAGACCCUAAAUUUAAUCCCCAGUCCCAGUGCUGUCUUCUCUGCUUACCCUAGCCUUAUGAGCCCUAAGCUAGAGCCCUAGCCCCCCUCCCAAGCUUCUUGUCCCACCUAAGCGGUCCCACAGAUGCAAUUUGAACAUUCACACUUCUACCAAUGUGCCUUUUUAGAGUUCAUAUCAUUCGAGUUGCCAGAGGAGGACAUUUACCUGGUCUUUUAAUAGGAUGCAAGCUUAGGGAAACCUGUUCUUAGUCGUUAGGUUCUAUGCAGUCAGGUUUUUUACCAGACCUGGGAAUUUAAAAAAAGCUAAAAAGGAAAAAAAAGUAUUUUUUGGAUAAAAAACUAAACUGUAUUUAAUGUACUGUAUGCUUAUAUGUAAGUAGACAGCGUGUUCUGGCUUCAAGCCAAUGGGACAGACACUUGAUUUAGCAAGACAAGCCCCCGUCCCAGUAUCCCCCGCCCCCUAAAGUCCUACAUUACCCUGAACCCCACUUCCCUGUACCAAGCCCCAGCCCUGUUCCCAUGGUGAACAACGCGUCUCUUCUUGUAUUAUAGCUUAUCAGCUUUUUAUCAAUAUUUGAUCGGCUUGUCCGUAAGCCAAUGUAGUCUUCAGUACAAAGUGUGUGGUUGUAUGUUGUAAAACAGAUUUUCUUUUUUUUUUUCUCUCUCUCUCUCUUUUUUAAGAAAAAUCAUUUCUCUUAUUACUUUUUAUU